GAACAGCAUCAGAGGGGUCUAGGCAGGGCUCAGAAGAUUUUCUCAUUUUAGUUCCAGAGUAUAUGGGUCUGCCUGUCAGAGAGUGCACGUAUAUAUAUAUGUGUGUGUGUGUGUGUGUGUGCACAGGAGAAAGGAGAAGAGAAGGGGGGGAGAGAGAAAGCGAAACAGAGGAGGCAAAGGGGAGGGAGUGUGGAUCAUGCAUGUGCAUUAACUCAGCUCCAGCACAGCAGCAGCAGCAGCAGCAGCAGCAGCAGCAGCAAACAGAAACAGCAGCAGCACAGGAGGGAAAGAAAGAGAGAGAGAAAGACAGAGAGGGAGAGUUGGAGGGAGGGUAGUAGUCUCAGGCACAGGAACAAAAGCUGCAGAGGACUGCUUUCCAUCUCCAGUAAAAGAACAACGGAGGAGUAAUAGAAGGAGGAGGGGGUGGACAUGAUAGUAGUGAGACAAUAACGGAAGAGAAGGGGCACAUUGUAGUCACUGAGGAUUGAAACCAAGGCUCUUCUCUUCUUUGCUCUCCAUGUUUUUGGGGACUCAACGUACCAUUGCCUUCGUCUCCAAAGCCAGAGCAGGAUGUCUGUGUCGGGGAAGAAGGAAUUUGACGUGAAACAGAUCCUCAGGCUCCGCUGGCGCUGGUUUAGCCAUUCAUCCCAAGGUUCGGCCGGCAGUGGAGGCGGAGGCGUUGGCGGUGUGGGAGGCUACAUCCAGCAGGAUGGCCUGGACCACAGAGGAACGCCAGUCCAGGGACGACUGAAGAGUCACUCACGGGAAAGGGGCAUUGGAGGACUCCGGAAGACUAACAGCCCCGUCCACAGCAUCUUGGCGCCUACGCCAGGGCCCACACCUGUCUAUGUCAGAGCGGGUCAUCAGUCAUGGCAUCAUCAGCAGAACACCAUCCAAGGUCUCCAGGUCAAUGAGGAGUCUUCAAAGAGCAGUUCCUCUCCCAGCACCACGGGGAAAGAGGACACGGACACUGGCCAAGAAGAUGUGAAAAGCAGCACAGAGGAACCUGCAGAGGUGGAGGCCAGAGAGAGGUUGGUUCUUAGCACCUUCUCCAGGAUGAACACCAACUCCUCUGAUGAGUUUUUCCAGGCCACAAAUCACGCGGAGCAGACGUUCCGUAAGAUGGAGACCUACCUCCAGCACAAGCAGCUGUGUGAUGUCCUCUUGAUAGCAGGGGAUCACAAGAUACCAGCUCACAGACUGGUCCUAAGUGCUGUGUCGGACUACUUUGCUGCUAUGUUCACCAGCGACGUCAGAGAGGCAAAGCAAGAGGAGAUCAAGAUGGAGGGAGUGGAUCCAGAGGCCCUCAGAUCUCUUGUUCAUUUUGCCUACACUGGUGUCCUUGAGCUGAAAGAGGAGACCAUCGAGAGUUUAUUAGCGGCAGCUUGCCUCCUCCAGCUUUCACAAGUCAUCCAGGUGUGCUGUAACUUCCUGAUGAAACAGCUCCAUCCCUCCAAUUGCCUCGGAAUUCGCUCCUUCGCGGACGCCCAGGGCUGCGUGGACCUGCUCAAUGUGGCACAUAACUACACCAUGGAACACUUCCUGGAGGUCAUUCAGAACCAAGAGUUCCUGCUGCUCCCCACGGCUGAGAUUGUUAAGCUGCUCUCCAGCGAUGACAUCAACGUUCCCGAUGAAGAAACCAUCUUCCAGGCUUUGAUGAUGUGGGUGAGGUACGACGUGCAGCACCGACAGCAGGACCUUGGGGUGCUUCUCGCUUACAUCCGCCUGCCUCUUCUUCCCCCGCAGCUCCUUGCGGAUCUGGAAAACAACAAGAUGUUCUCUGACGAUCUGGAAUGUCAGAAGCUGCUGAUGGAGGCCAUGAAGUACCAUCUCCUGCCCGAAAGACGCCCCAUGUUUCAGAGUCCCAGGACCAAACCCAGGAAGUCCACUGUGGGUGCACUUUACGCUGUAGGAGGCAUGGACGCUACCAAAGGCUCCACCACUAUAGAGAAGUACGACCUGCGGACGAACACUUGGGUCCAGGUGGGAAUCAUGAAUGGACGCCGGCUGCAGUUUGGCGUGGCAGUGAUAGACAACAAGCUGUAUGUGGUUGGAGGGAGAGAUGGACUCAAGACGUCCAACAUGGUGGAGUGCUACAACCCCAUCAACAAGGUGUGGUCCACCAUGCCCCCAAUGUCAACACACAGGCACGGCCUUGGUAUUGCUGUGCUGGAGGGGCCCAUGUAUGCUGUGGGAGGCCACGAUGGCUGGAGUUAUCUGAACACGGUGGAACGCUGGGACCCGCAGGCAAGACAGUGGAACUACGUGGCCAGCAUGUCCACACCGCGGAGCACCAUGGGAGUCACGGCUCUCAACGGAAAAUUGUUUGCUGUGGGCGGUCGUGACGGCAGCUCGUGCCUGAGGUCCAUGGAGUGCUUCGAUCCGCAUACCAACAAGUGGAGCAUGUGUGCGCCCAUGGCCAAGAGGCGAGGAGGAGUGGGCGUAGCGACGUACAACAACUUCCUGUAUGCCGUGGGCGGACACGACGCGCCCGCCUCCAACCACUGUUCUAGGCUCUCCGAUUGUGUCGAGAGGUAUGACCCAAAGACGGACACGUGGACCACGGUGUCUUCCCUCAGCGUUUCCCGGGACGCCGUGGGCGUUUGCUUGCUAGGCGACAAGCUUUACGCGGUGGGCGGAUACGACGGGCAGUCUUACCUGAACACGGUCGAGUCCUACGACGCACAGAACAAUGAGUGGACGGAGGAGGUCCCUCUCAACAUUGGCAGGGCAGGUGCCUGCGUGGUGGUGGUGAAAUUGCCUUGAGGUUUUUUUUUUUUUUCAUACGACAGCACGGGAAACGAAUGAGAGAGCAGCAAAGACGAUCGGACGAACUAAACAGCAGAUCAAGGACGCAUCCUUCGAGAGUAUUUUCCUUUUCUUUUUUUCCUUCAACUCGGCUCUUCAGAUUCUUUCAGAGGAAAACACAGACGGUCAGACAGAGCCUUGCCCAUAAACCAUUGUUUCUAUCAUUAGUGGACAUGCCUGCCCACUGGCGAGGACUUGUUCAGAAACUGGACCCCCACUCCACAUUCUCAGAAUUCUCAACCGAUCAAGAAUUUUCACAGACUUGGCGAAGCUGUAGCAGAUCAGUGCCAAGUCUUUGUUGUCCUGGUUUGUUAUGCUAGUUUUCUGAAGGAAGCUCUGUGAAUGUUAAGAUUAAAUGUAAAAGUUUUCAUUUUGAGUAAACUCCAGGUUAGUUUACAUUUAUACAUUUCUUAUCGGUGCCAUCUCACACAGUAUAUUUUUGGGUUUAUAUGUCCCUUUUUAGCCAAUAUAAUGAACAUUGUUAUAAUAAACAGAUGUAACUAUGUAAAAGUGUCUUUCCUUAACGGGUGGUCUGGACUGAUUCUUACUCUUUAGUGAAAGGAGACCACUGUGAACUAGAAUGAAGAAGAGCGGGAAUGGGGUGAACUUUUUGCUGAAUAAUAUAUUUGAACAUUUUCUUGAUUCUUUUUUUGUUUUGUUUUUAGCUUGUAGCUACAGAACACCAAAGUCAUUUGCUUGUCUUAGAUGUCUUGUUACACACUAUAUGAAGGUUUACAAAAUUGUGAAUUACAGAAAAUAUAUCAUAUUGAUAUUUCACACUGCUGUACAGGUUUCUGUGAUCUUUCUCAAUUUGCGUUAAUGGACUCAUGCCUCAGCCAGUGCCCUCUGGUGACCGCAGUCACUCUUAUUCAUUUGGUUUUACUUUUGGGCAUGCGAGCUGAGCAAAUGUCUCAUUUGAUUUAUACAAUAUCACUUGCUCUUCUGUAUUUUUAAUGCCUUCUUUAUCAUGUAGAGCGUUUUCACUCCCGCAGCUCGACUUUUGGAUUAACCCUGAAGAAACGACAAAGAGGAACCAGCUUUAUUAAUUCGACUCAUUACAAUUUUUACAUUUGUAAUUGAUUGUUCCGCUCAAAAGAAUAUUAAACAUUACCAACUUGUUCAGAAUGGAAUCAAUUUGUAACUGUAAUUUUAAACAUGUUUUUGGGCCAAAUGUUACUUUUAAUGUUUUUAAAUCAUGAUUUUGUACAGCAUGCAAACCUGUCAAUAAAAAGGACUUCAGUCUUCUCUGCA